AUGUCAAAAACUCCAUCGCCGGUGUUCUUCCCCGUCGAUCUGAUCGCCGAGAUCAUUUCUUUACUACCUGUUAAAUCUCUUGUUCGUUUCAUGUGUGUAAGUAACUCUUGGAACACUCUUAUUUCCGAUUCUGCUUUUGUGAAACUCCAUCUCAAGAGAACAACAACAUCACGAAAUACACACUUCACACUAUUAGUGUCUAAUCACUACAAACCAGUAGAUGGAAAAUUUUCUUACCACAGUUCUUGUACUAUCAUUCCAUACCCUAUAACUCAUUUAUUUGAUAAUCCCUCGGCUAUCGUUGUUGCUGAUUCUCAUUACUUUUUAAACUACGACCAUCGCCCUAUGUUUGGUAUUGUUGAUUCCUGCAAUGGAUUGAUCUGUUUGGUUCAUCAUGAUUUCAAUUUCACCCAUGAAGAGUAUUGGUUCCGAUUAUGGAACCCAUCCACAAGAAAAAUAUCUCAAAAUCUUGGAUAUUCUCGUCAUUUAAAAUUAGGCUUUAUCUUCAAUUUUGGUUGUGAUGAUUCCACCGGCACUUUUAAAGUGGUUGCGUACCGUUUCAUUCGUGAUGAAUAUACAAGUGAGGUGAAAGUUUUCAAUGUUGGUGAUAAUGUUUGGAGAAAUAUUGAAAGUUUUCCCAUUGUUCCUCUUGAUUUUCCAUUAUUUCCAUAUCUUAUGGGUAAUAGCUGCAAUUGUGUGUUUUUAAAUAGCACUCUUAACUGGUUGGCUCUUCACAAGCACAUCCAAAAGGACCCAUAUGAUUAUGGUUACGAAUAUGAUUGGACUUGUCUUAUGAAGGAGAUAACUGUUGAGGACCUUGUUAUUGUUUCUCUUGAUAUGGGGACGGAGACAUAUAAUCGGUAUCUAUUGCCUCAGGGUUUUGAUGAGUUGUCGUCUGGAAAGCCAACCAUUAGUGUGUUGGGGGAAUGUCUUUGCUUUUCUUAUUUUCACCAGGGAACCGGUAUUGUCAUGUGGCAGAUGAAGAAAUUUGGUGUUGAAGAGUCUUGGAUUCAAUUUCUUAAAAUUAGCUAUCAUGUUCUUCAAUUAUACUAUGACUUUAGUUACAAUCAUUUUCAAUUAUUGCCAAUGGUUCUUUCUAAGGAUGGUGAUUCAUUGAUAUUGUGCAGUAAUGCUAUGGAUGGGGUUAAUGGGGGAGCAAUUAUAUAUAAUUGCAAAGAUAAUAGUGUGCAGAAAAUAAGAGUUAAUGUGAAAAAAACUAUUACUGAUGAUGAAAGUCGUAAUAUUUUAUACUUGGAUUUGGCCGUGGGGUAUGUUGAAAGCCUAAUUUCGAUUUGCUGA